CCUAGAAGUUUCCUCGCACCUCCGGACGUGGGAAUUACACGCUUGAACGUCAAACCCAAGCGGGUGUCCUCAUGACUUCCCCUGCAGACCAUGUCUAUGAUCCUUUUUGCCUGUGUGGUGAGGGUGAGGGAUGGACUGCCCCUCUCGGCCUCCACUGACUUUUACCACACCCAGGAUUUUCUGGAAUGCAGGAGACGGCUCAAGACUUUAGCCUUGCGACUGACCCAGUACCCAGGUCGAGGUUCUGCAGAAGGACGUGACUUCAGUAUACAUUUCUCUUCGUUGGGGGAUGUGGCUUGCAUGGCUAUCUGCUCCCGCCAGUGUCCAGCGGCCAUGGCCUUCUGCUUCCUGGAGACCGUGUGGUGGGAAUUCACAGCUUCCUAUGACACCACCUGUAUUGGCCUAGCCUCCAGGCCAUACGCCUUUCUUGAAUUUGAUAGCAUCAUUCAGAAAGUGAAGUGGCAUUUUAACUGUGUAAGUUCCGCUCAGAUGGAGAGCAGCUUAGAAAAAAUUCAGGAGGAGCUUGACUUCCAGCCUCCAGUGGUUCUCACUGUGGAGGACACAGAUAUAGCGAAUGGGAUAAUGAAUGGUCACACACAGAUACACUUGGAGCCUGCUCCUAAUUUCCGAAUGGAGCCAGUGACAGCCCUGGGUGUCCUUUCGCUCAUUCUCAACAUCAUGUGUGCUGCUCUGAACCUCAUCCGUGGGAUUCACCUCGCAGAACAUUCUCUACAGGUUGCCCACGAGGAAAUUGGAACUAUUCUGGCUUUUCUUAUUCCUUUUGUAGCCUGUAUUUUCCAGUGUUAUUUGUACCUGUUCUACAGUCCAGCCAGGACUGUGAAGGUGGUGCUGAUGCUGCUCUUUAUCUGCCUGGGCAACAUGUACCUGCAUGGGCUAAGGAACCUCUGGCAAAUCCUUUUCCACAUAGGAGUGGCUUUUCUGUCUUCAUAUCAGAUACUGACCAGGCAGCUUCAGGAGAAGCAGUCUGACUAUGGAGUAUGAAGAUGACAUCAUGUGAUGAAUGGAUCCUUUCGUUUUCUUCAGGCGAAUCUUCAGGCUCUCUGGGAGAUAAUUUUGAAGAGAUGGUAAAAUAGAAUGGAAAGCCAAGGAG